ACCCGCCGCCCGCCCAGGCACUGCCCGCGGGAGCCGCCGCCGCCGCCGCCGCGCCCGCCAUGGACGUCCGCCUGUACCCCUCGGCACCCGCGGUGGGCGCGCGGCCCGGGGCCGAGCCGGCCGGCCUGGCGCACCUGGACUAUUACCAUUGCGGCAAGUUUGAUGGUGACAGUGCCUACGUGGGGAUGAGUGACGGGAACCCAGAGCUGCUAUCGACCAGCCAGACCUACAACAGCCAGAGUGAGAGCAACGAAGACUAUGAGAUCCCCCCGAUAACACCUCCCAACCUCCCUGAGCCAUCCCUCCUGCACCUGGGGGACCACGAAGCUGGCUACCACUCGCUGUGUCACAGCCUCACGCCCAACGGACUGCUCCCUGCCUACUCCUACCAGGCCAUGGACCUCCCAGCCAUCAUGGUGUCCAACAUGCUGGCCCAGGACAGCCACCUGCUGUCGGGCCAGCUGCCAACGAUCCAGGAGAUGGUCCACUCGGAAGUUGCCGCCUACGACUCGGGCCGGCCAGGGCCCCUGCUGGGCCGCCCAGCGAUGCUGGCCAGCCACAUGAGCGCCCUCAGCCAGUCCCAGCUCAUCUCUCAGAUGGGCAUCCGGAGUGGCAUCGCCCACAGCUCCCCGUCCCCCCCAGGGAGCAAGUCAGCCACGCCUUCCCCCUCCAGUUCAACUCAGGAGGAGGAAUCAGAAGCGCAUCUCAAGCAGACACUGUUGGUGCCGAAUACUGUUGUAAGCACAUCACCAGCAUUAACCCAUGGGAUCCUCAUGACGGCCCUGUGUGGUCAGGGCCAUUGUCCUCUCCGACUGACAGAUGGGAAAACCAAGGCCCCAGAGAGGUUACGUCAGUCUGGCUGCAGAGAGAGGCAGGAACAGAUGUCAGGAGAGAAGAGACCUUCAACUGACCCAGGAAAAAAGACCAAGAACCCAAAGAAGAAGAAGAAGAAGGACCCCAACGAGCCGCAGAAGCCUGUGUCAGCCUAUGCACUCUUCUUCAGAGACACUCAGGCUGCCAUCAAGGGACAGAACCCCAGUGCCACCUUCGGGGAUGUGUCCAAAAUCGUGGCCUCCAUGUGGGACAGCUUGGGAGAGGAGCAGAAGCAGGCCUACAAGAGAAAGACCGAAGCGGCAAAGAAGGAGUAUCUGAAGGCUCUGGCGGCCUACAGGGCUAGCCUCGUCUCCAAGAGCUCUCCAGAGCAGGGUGAGACCAAGGGCACUCAGGCGAACCCGCCGGCCAAAAUGCUGCCACCCAAGCAGCCCAUGUAUGCCAUGCCGGGCCUGGCCUCCUUCCUGACGCCGUCGGACCUGCAGGCCUUCCGCAGCGGGGCCUCUCCGGCCAGCCUGGCCCGGACGCUGGGCUCCAAGUCCCUGCUGCCGGGCCUCAGCGCGUCCUCGCCGCCGCCACCCUCCUUCCCGCUCAGCCCCCCACUGCACCAGCAGCUGCCCCUGCCACCCCACGCCCAGGGCGCCCUCCUCAGUCCACCUGUCAGCAUGUCUCCAGGCCCCCAGGCUCCGGUCCUGCCCACUCCCAUGGCACUGCAGGUGCAACUGGCUAUGAGCCCCUCACCUCCAGGGCCUCAGGACUUCCCUCACAUCUCCGAGUUCCCCAGUGGUUCAGGCCCCCGCUCACCUGGCCCGUCCAACCCCCCGAGCAGCAGCGGGGACUGGGACAGCAGUUACCCCAGCGCGGAGUGUGGCGUCAGCACGUGCAGCCUGCUCCCCAGGGAUAAGUCGCUCUACCUCACCUAAUCCCGCCUCCCCUGUCCUCCCUGAGGCUUGCUGGAGGGGCACUGCUCAGAGCCUGAAGGGCCCACAGCAGGAGGGAAGCCCGGGCAGGAAGCAGGAUGACCGGGAAGAAAGCAGUGACACCAGGACGACGCCCCAGGGCCGAGUCUCCUCCUCGACCUCCCAGCAGACCCUGCACAGGCGGCCCCC